GACGGCCGCCGGUGGCGGAGCGCGGCCGGCCGCGCUCGCGCUCGCGCGGGAGGACCUCCUCCCCUCCUCCUCCCACCAGGGAGGAGUUGACCAGACGGCUCGCGGUCAGUCAGUCAGUCAGUCGGACGUUUGCUAUCCGAUACGCUUGGCGCGCGCGGCGCAACUCGUGGUCGGGAAAUCAGAGUGCCGGUCGCACCGUGUGUCAGUCAGACGCGAACCGGCCUAACGCAUCGCUGUAGAAGUAGAAGAGUGGCGAGAGAGGUGUAUACUCGCGCGAUCGCUCGGGCGCGAGGCGAGGAGAAUAAGAGAGACGUAAGCACGCACGCACGCACGCACGCACGCACGCACGCGGGUGGCGCGAGAGCAGGGGCGCGAAACGAGAAGACGAAGAGGUAGGAAGGAGAAGAAGAGAGGAAGAGAGAGCGUAUUCGCCGUCGCCGCCGACGACGACGACGACGACGACGAAGCAGUCGUUGCUGCUGCUGCUGCUGCUGCCGUCGCCACCUCCACUCUGUUCUCCUCACCGUGUUUCUUCGGUGUACUCUCUCGUAUAACGCAGCUACGUGUGUAGUACUCUACUACCUAACCACCUUAUAAAACGUGCGCCGCAGUAUCGCGCGCUCUCGUGGCCGGCCGGCGGUACGGUGCGGAGAGGUGCGCGAGAGGAGCGCGUUGCGCCGAGUUGCGAGAGAGCGCGACCGGGAGGCUUUCUCGGCAGUUCUUCGCUACGCUUCGCGCGAGAGGAGCGCGAGAACACGUAAUGCCGAACCCGAGGACGAUCGUCGUGGACUCGAGCGCGACGACCACCUAGACACGCGCCACCAGCCGCGACACGCCGAGCACAGAGCAGGAAGAAUCUCUAUCUCGCGUCGCGCGUCGCGCCUCGCGCCUUUAAACUAUUUCCGCGCUACGACCCGCGCUCUCUUUCUCUCUUUUACUCGUAUCUAGUCUACAAGUUUUUCCUCUUUCGUCGUCCGCGCGCCGCGACGGGAGCAAAAGGGGUACGUUACGUGGUGCCGAGAUAGUGCAGAAAGUUUUGUGCAGUGAACGGGUCGUUAAUAGACCAGUGUUGCGGCUUCGACGCUAGGAAGGAGAGAGAGAAGAGGAGGAGGAGGAGGAGGAGGAAGAGACGACGCGCUAUAUGCGUAAGGCAUCAGCACGAGUGCCAGAACGCGUGCGAGAGAAUAACCGGCGAAUAGAGAGGGAGAAAGAGAGAGAGAGAGAGAGAGUGAGAGAACGGAGGGUGACCACCUCGAGAAAGAGAGAGACCGAGAGUCGCCAAGAUGCAUCUCCACGGUGGUCUGAUGCUGCCGAUCCUAUUCAUCGUCGUUUCCUGUCCUUUGACGUUGCGCGCGCGAAAAGUGGCACCCUUGAUAGAGGAUGACUGGGCGAGGAGACCGCAUCGUGCCGCCGAAUGCACCUUCGGCAAGCAGAUUCGCGAGCUGGGCUCGACAUGGUUCGCGGACUUGGGACCGCCCUUCGGAGUCAUGUAUUGCAUCAAAUGCGAGUGCAUACCGGUGCAAAAGAAACGACGGAUCAUCGCGAGAGUUCAAUGCCGCAACAUCAAGAACGAAUGCCCGAAACUCACGUGUGACGAACCAGUUCUGCUCCCGGGUCGAUGCUGCAAAUCCUGUCCCGGUGACUUCAACGCAGACAUAGUGCAGGAUCUGCCGGCGCAAUUGACUUUGGAGGAAGAGGAGCGAAGCCUGAAACAUUUUGGCACUCUGUUAACGGGCAAAACGACGCAGCUUCUGCGUCGCGACGAACCGAGUCCGACGUCGGUUUACAACAGCGCUUACAACUACCUGGCGACCGGUCGCUUCACGUUUCAUCGCAAGAACAUCUACUACUCGUUCUAUCUGUCCGCGUCGACGCCGCGACCGCGCAGCAUACAGUUCGUCGACGGGUCCGGCAGUAUCCUCGAGGAGCAGGUGAUCGAUCCGGUCGGUGGGGCUUAUCAGAACGCCACCGGCAAGCUCUGCGGCGUGUGGAGACGCGUGCCGCGCGACUAUCGCAAGUUGCUGCGCGAGGAACGGCUGUACGUGUCUUUCCUCUGGGAGCCCUCGUCGAGCCUGACCGGCCAGCUGUCGCGUUACCGCACCCUGUCGACCGAGCAGUUCUCCUCGCUCUUGGAGCCGGCGAUGGGCGUCGACCGGUCGUUGAUGUCUGGCGCGGGUGCGACGGCGAUCGUCUCCGCCUCGUCCGCCUCGGCGCCGUCGAUCCACGUGUCCCUCGUCUUCAACGGCCUCUUCCUGCCGAACGACGUGGCCGACGUUCCGCUGGUCGUUCAGCUGGAGCAUCACGAGAAGGAUUACGUGGUCCUUCGCGAAGAGAUGAUAGUGAGGAAACCAUCGAACGAGCUCAACUACGGCGAGGUCCGCAGCGCGAUCUCCGGGACCGAUCUCCGUCUGUUGGCGCGGGGCAAGCUGUCGAUCAGCGUAAUGUCCCGCAAAGAUCCGCAGGCCGUUCGACUGAUCGGCACGGUUGGGCCGCGCGCGACCUGCGACAUGUAUCAGACGUUACUGCUGUCGGAGACGCCGUCCGUGGCGUCCGGAUUGGCUUGGGCCUUUCUGGACCGUGCCGGCGCGUUACGUUACGGAGUCCAAUUGAUAGGACUCGAGGAGGAGAGUCCUCUGGUGACGCUGGUGGACGAGGGAGGAAAGCGAAGAAUGGAACUCGAGGAUCUGACACCGUCGUUGGUCGGCGGCCAACUCGCGAACGGUUCGCUCGACCGGCCCGGGCCGAGACUACUGCAGCCGCUUUUCAACGAGGAGCUCUCCGUAGUCGCCGCCAGUCAUCUCGGCUCCAUGUUGCGCGGUAGACUUUUGGAGAGGCCCGUGGCGGACGCCAGAGACACGGCCGCGCCCGUGCUCUUGCGCAGAUUGACCAAGGAGCCAACGCAUCCCGGACCGGUCGGCCUGAUAUGGGUCGCCGUGGACCUGGACUGUUCCCUGCACUACGAGCUGGAGCUCGCCGGCUUUCCGCCCUCCUCCCAGGAACCGCGAACCUUCCGUUUGUACCUGGAGACGAUGCCGAUGCUGGCGCAGGGAGCUCCUGUCGCCAGGAGGCUGCUCGAAGAGUUCACGGGCUGCGAAGAGUUCACGGGAUAUUCCCUAGAGGGUUCGGUCACCGGGCUGUCGGCGAUGGAGCUCUGGAGGAUCGAGUCGGGCAUCGGUUUCCUCGAGGUGACGGACAAGCAAGUCACCCACAUCCUGAAGGCCCCCUUCAAGGCCAGAACGCCGUUCAGCUGUCUGCCCCACUACGCCGACAACGACGUUGCCUCUGUGGUGGCAUUCAUGCAGAUACCCAGAUCGGAUAUCGAGACCGGUGCGUGCUUCCACGAGACCAGAUUCUACGAGGAGGGCACACAAUGGACCUCGAGCUCGGACCCUUGCUCGAUGUGUCAUUGCUAUCGCGGCUUGGCACAAUGCGACACGGUACCCUGUCCGAUAAUCUCCUGCGGCUUGGGCAAGCAACUCAAGCAACCGCCGACCGGCCAUUGCUGCCCAAUAUGCGCAGACUUGACGAUUGCCGAAACAAACGCUACGACCAAGAGCAAUGCCACGAGAGGUUGCACGUUGGCUGGACAAUAUCACCUCGCGGGAUCAUCCUGGCAUCCGUAUCUACCACCAGCAGGAUUCGACACUUGUGCAGUUUGCACUUGUGACGCUGUCACGCUGGAGGUGAAAUGUCCGCGGAUGCAGUGCCCGCCGCUCGAGUGCGACGAGAAGAUCGCCUUCAGGCCAGACAAGAAGGCCUGCUGCAGGCAGUGCCCGGCAACAACGCCCCGUAGCAACGUAGCCACCACCGUGGCGAGCGACACCAUACGCCUACCGAGGGAUCAGGCCCUACCUUCGACGCGGCGCACCGCGGAGGAGAUACUCUCUUCCGGUGGCUGCAAGUACCCCCUCGGCGGGCCCUACGAGAACGGCAUGGAGUGGCAUCCCCGGUUGCACUCGCACGGCGAGAUGAAGUGCGUCAAGUGCCGUUGCAAGAACGGCGAGGUCAGGUGCGACAGGAAACGCUGUCCACGGUCGCUCUGUAACUCGAUCGCGCACCAGAUGAAGCGCGGCGAGUACGUGGCGGACGCGGACGACUGCUGCACGGCGCAGUGCGAGCACCGCGCGAGGCGUCAUCAUCGCAACAACCAUCAUCAUGCGGCGCGGCGGCACUCCGUCACGCCGCGCGAGCUGAGCUGAGCCCGGUAGUUCCGGAGAAGAGUCUGCCCCGGUCCACGAGGAUGCUCCGCCGCGUGCACCGUAGUCACAGCCGGACGACGACGCGGAGGAUCCACUCCGUCCGUUGCGCGAGCGCUCUCUUCGUCUAUCGUACGACCCGAGAGCCCUCGACAUGGAAACCAAGUCACACCGAACGGUUCUGUACACGCGCGCGUUAAAAUCGCGGGAGCUGAACUACAGGCGUUCAUCCGAGACGAAGCGAAUUAAGGAAAAGGAAACACACUGAAGAAAAUUAAUGUUGUUAACUUGACUAAAUUUUUCAACUGUAAUUUAUAUAUUUAAUUAAAAUACAUAAAAUAUCUGAACUUUCGUACAUUUAUAUAUUCAACUUAAGUACAUAAAUGCUUGAACUGAAAAAGUUUAAUCAGGUUGAACAAAAUAGUUAAGUUAACAAUAUCCUUUUUUUCUCUCGGUGCGCACAGGAGAAGAAUGAGAAGUUGCGAAAACGAGGGAGACCGACGACGAGAGAUCCGCGUGAUGAUUCAAUCCCUGCGCGUUUCGACAGACUGACAGGCGAGAAACGACGCGCGCGAACUUUGUCAUUUUAACUUUUAACAGUGCUGUUCGAGACGACAAGGAUAAUUAAUCAAACGAUGACGGAUGCACGCUCGUUGCUCAAAGUUCGUCGUUGUCGUUGGCCGACGGCUGAGAAGCUGGCGAACGGACGCGCGCGCGCACGCGUGCAGGAAGUCGCGAGAAGUAGCCUAGCGUAAUAAGAGGAAGGACGUGGACGCGGUACGGACAACACGAUCGGAUAUUGCUAUUCUUGUUCGCAACGAGACCGCUCGCUCGGUCGUUCGCUCCGGAGCCUCCAGCGCCCGCAGCCAGACGCUUAUUAAUCAAUUGAUCCCCAUCAACGGAUUAAAAAAAAAUGGUGGGAAGAGGGGAAAGAGGAACGUGUUGUAAACUGAGCGCCCUUCUCUCUUCGCUGAGAGUGCGACAACCAGACGAUGACCGAAGGCGAAUACGGCCGGAAGGGCGAGGGAGGGAGGAGGGAAGGGUUGAAAACUCGGAAAGGGACGAGUUUUUAGUCUCGCGGCGGUAUUACAGUGUCCUGCUGUACCCACUAACCUCUUCGAGUUACCCAGCAACCAAAGAAGACUGAAGAACCUCCGACGGCGGCAUCAGUUAUUACAUUACGCGAUUGCUAAUACUUACUAAUAACUCCAACUUAUUAUUUUAUUUUACUAUCAUUUAUUAAUAGUAUUACUAUUGCUAUCCGCUUUAUAAUUAUUGUCUUUGGUAUCGUAAUCCUUGCGCAUCUGCGUCACUACUUUUAUUGCUCCUUCUUAUCUCGCGAUUGUUGUGUGGUGAACCUUAAAAUUAUCGCGCUCUAAUGUAAAGAUAUAUUUAUGUUGUACAUUGUACGAAACCGUUCGGCGAGGAACGCGGCGUUAGUCCAGCGACGUACAGGCGGUAAUACUUGUUAACGCGAUAACACUCGUUACUGUAAGUAUGUAAUAUUUAAGAUGUAUUUAUUUUUAGAAAUAAUCAUUUUUUAAAUCGGA